AUGAAGAUGGAAGUGGAUAUUGCACCAGUACAGAGUGCUUCUGUCAAGACAGUGAACAUCCGACCAGAUGGCAGAGGUCCCAACGACUUCAGGCCUUUUAAAUUCGCUUGGAAUGUGAUGGAACACGCUGACGGCUCAUGUUAUUAUGAACAGGGCAAUGCCAAGGUAAGUUGUUUUUUGUUAUGUGUCUACUUUUAGGUGUUAUGUUCUGUAUUUGGACCUUUGCAACGAUUUAAAAUGAGAAAACUAGACGAUGCUGCUGUUUUACGAUGUCAUUUGUACACAAGUAAACUAUCGGGAUCAGAUCGGCGAAGAAUGAAGGCCAGAAGUGAUAAAGAGACUCACUCAGUGCUGGAAAGUGCACUUAGUAGUGUGAUACUGUUGGAGCACUAUCCACGCACUCGAAUUGACAUUGUCUUUAGGAUUAUUCAGGUGAAUUGGCAUUUCUUUUUUUUUGUUAUCUAAAAUAUAUAAAUUUUGCCUUUUAAGUGGACAUUUGUGUUUUAGUUUUGAGGGAUACACGCAACUAACAUAAUGUAUGUUUUAGAGUGAUGGAAACAAUAUUGCCGUAUGUUUAAACGCGGCCAACUUUGCUUUAAUGGAUGCAGGUGUCUACAUGAAGGGACUUUUGACAGUGGCAGCUUGUUCUUAUGCCAAUGACAACGUGGUUGUAGAUGUCUGUGAUUUAGAUCAGCAAGAAUCUAAUGGAGUUGUUUUGGUUGGAUCAAUAAGUGAGUUGACGUUGGAGGAGGGCAAUUGUUUUAAUUUUAUAAAUGCUAUAUUAUAUAUUGUUAUACGGAAGUUAUACAAAAUUCAUCAUUUUUAAUGUAAUUUGAUUAUACAAUUUUGUAUAUUUUUUUAGAUGGCAAACAAGAGAUGUCAUUCUUGGACGUACGAGGUUGUUUCCCCAAGUUGAUCUUCAAGGACAUUAUCAAAGCUGCUUUGGCAGCCAAUGCCUUUCUCGACGAUCUUUUUGCUAGGGAGACAAUGGCAGGACUGAAGAACGUUUACAUCGAGAAAGAUCAGUCAGAAGCUAUUAAUAUGUCGUCCUUGAAGAUACGAGAUACUGUAGUCAAGGAUAAAGCUGGCAUUACUUUCGAAGACUAUGAUCUGGCCUUUAAACAACUUGUUCUGAGCAAUUCUGAGGACGAAGAAUGA